AUUUCUUCUCUCUAUCACUUUCAUGAACCAAACAAGAGCUCUUACUUCUCUCUCGCUCCUACUUCUCUCUCUCUAUACUAAAUCACCGCAAACCAAUCACAUCCUAAGGAAGAGUUUGGGGUUUAUGAGAGAGACCCUAAUCCCAGUGGCCACAGUAACCAUUUCUGGCCACCACCACCAUUACAACACCACCAGCGGUGGCUUUUCAUGGCACAAUUCAUCAUCUCAAUCUUCUCAUUCAAACCACCGCCAAGUCAAUGACCCUCUCUUCCUCUUUCAGAGCUUCAAAACCUUUCUUCUCACUAUCCAUAAAACGCUCCCUCCUCCCUUUCUCCACACUCCCCCAUAAAAACGACAUCACUCAUUCCCAAUACGACGCCGUUUCGCAUCAUUUCCGCGCCGCUGUUACUCAACCCGAGUUACUCCUCCGAGUUCUCAACUCAGUUAAACACCGACCUAUCCUCGCACUACGGUUCUUCCGUUGGGCGGAAAAACAAUCUGGAUUCAAACGAUCUGAAUCCGCUUUCGUCGCUAUCCUCGAAAUUCUCGCCAGAAAUGGUUUUAUGAGGUCUGCCUAUUGUGUUAUGGAGAAGGUAAUUGAUGUCAAAAUUGACGCCGUCGUUUUGGAUGUUUUAGUUAACAACUACAAUGGCGGCGCCGGUUGUGGUUCUGAGGUAUCUGUUAAGCUUCUUGAUUUAUUGCUUUGGAUUUACGCGAAAAAAUCGGCGUUAGAGAAUUGUUUGUUGAUUUUUUACAAAAUGAUUCAUAGUGGAUUGUUGCCUGAUGUUAGGAAUUGUAAUAGGGUUCUUAAAUUGCUUAGGGAUAGGAGUAUGGUGAAUGAGGCUAAAGAAGUUUAUAAUGUAAUGGUUGAGUGUGGAAUUAGGCCUACAACUGUUACUUAUAAUACUUUGUUGGAUUCUUUUUGUAAACAAGGGGAAGUUGGUCAAGCAAUGGAGCUUUUGUUAAUGAUGAGGAGUAUCGGGUGUGUUCCGAAUGAUGUGAGCUAUAAUGUUUUGGUGAAUGGUUUGUCGAGUAAAGGGGAUUUGAAAGAGGCUAACGAAUUGAUUGAGGAGAUGUGGGAAUUGGGACUUGAGGUUUCGGCUCACACGUAUAACCCUUUGAUUCGUGGGUAUUGUAAGAAAGGGAUGCUUGAGGAAGCUACUAGUCUUGUGGAGAAGAUGUUGGGGAGAGGAGCUUUGCCUACGGUUGCAACGUAUAAUACGGUCAUGUACGGUCUUUGUAGGUUGGGAAGAGUGAGUGAUGCAAGGCAGUUAUUGGAUGUAAUGGUAAAUAAGAAUUUGAUGCCUGACUUAGUAUCCUAUAAUACUUUGAUUUACGGUUACAGCAGGUUGGGUGUAUUAGGCGAGGCUUUUCUCUUGUUUGUUGAGUUGAGAUACAAGAAUCUUGUUCCUAGUGUUGUGACGUAUAACACGCUUAUAGACGGUCUAUGUAGAUUGGGGGACUUGGAUAUUGCCAAGCGGAUAAAGGAUGAUAUGAUUAGACAGGGACCUCAUCCUGAUGUGUUUACUUUUACAAUUCUUGUUAGGGGAUUUUGCAAGAUGGGGAACUUGCCAAUGGCUAAGGAAAUGUUUGAUGAAAUGCUAAGUAGAGGAUUGCGGCCAGACCGUUUUGCAUACAUAACUAGGAUAGUGGGUGAACUCAAGCUUGGUGACCCAUCUAAGGCUUUUGGCAUGCAGGAAGAAAUGCUAGCCAAAGGCUUUCCGCCCGAUUUAAUCACGUAUAAUGUCUUCAUCAAUGGGCUCUAUAAAUUGGGCAAUUUGAAAGAAGCAAAUGAUCUUGUGCAGAAAAUGCUCCACAAUGGAUUUGUUCCGGAUCAUGUGACAUAUACUAGCAUCAUCCAUGCUCACUUGAUGGCUGGGCAUCUUAGGAAGGCUAGAGUAGUGUUCUAUGAUAUGUUGAAGAAAGGGAUAUUUCCUUCGGUUGUGACUUACACAGUUUUGAUUCAUUCAUAUGCUGUUAGGGGAAGGCUGGAUCUUGCUAUUAUGUACUUCUUUGAGAUGCAAGACAAAGGUGUUGAUCCAAAUGUGAUCACCUACAAUGCUUUAAUCAACGGGCUUUGCAAAGAGAGAAAGAUGGAACAAGCAUACAAUUUUUUUGCGGAAAUGGAAUCAAAGGGUAUUUCUGCAAAUAAGUAUACAUACACUAUUUUGAUAAAUGAGAACUGCAACUUAGGCCAUUGGCAGGAAGCUUUGCGGUUGUACAAGGAUAUGCUAGAUAGAGAAAUUGAGCCUGAUUCUUGCACACAUAGUGCACUAUUGAAGCAUCUAAGCAAAGACUAUAAGUUCCAUGCAGUUAAGCAUUUUGAGAAUGUAAUUAGAGGGGGGUGAAUAAACCGAUGAUGUAACGAUGAAGAAGAUUUUGGCAUUCCCACAUGACAAAUGAGUAAAAGAAGAUUCCUUUGUUUGGAUGGGUUUUGCCUCAUCAAGGUUCAAAUUUGCCAAGAUGCGAUCGUGCAUAUUUUUCUCUUGCACGGAUGAAGAUGCCAACAGUUGUUUCGGAUGAUUUUAAGAUGGGCAAACUCCAAUUAUUUAAGGCUUUUACAGGUUAAAUUCUGUGACUAGGUAAUAGUUGGAAGAGUGUGGAUUUUAUCAAUUUUGAUUCAAAGAUACGCAACACUACACGUCAAAGGCAAGUGGUAUACAGAUGAAGCAUAGUUCUCUAUCCUAAUAUUUGAAACACAUCUAUCACAUAAUCAUACCCCAUUUUUUAUUUAUUUCUCUUAGUCCUUUGGGUGGAAGAGAUUUGUUUUACUCAGUGGUGCUUAUUAUUUGCACGGUAAUUGUGAUUAUUCUUUGUAAUUCCGGCGAUACACAUUUUUUACACCACAAUUUGUAUAAGGAAUGGAAAAUAAAAAGUUUGACUUCUUCUGUUUAAGGUAGUCAAUGACUGUAGAACAACUUUCUCAGUAUUGUAUUAUAUCCUGCUACUCACCUACAAUUUUUUGUUCGUUAAUAUAUUUUUAUCGUUACAUGCUACUGAUAUGUUAUCUCUUUAUCUAAGGCCCUGUUUGAUUAGUGUUUUAAAAAAUUAGAAAAGAAAAAAAGUUGUUUGAUUGAUUUUUCUGAAUCCCUUCCCUGUUACCUUUUAUUUGAAUCUUUGCUGUUCCUGUUUGAUUAGUAUUUUUUUUAAAUUAGUUUUUUUUUAAUCUAUUCAUAAAUGUCAAUUUUGUAAAUACAAGCGACACUAAAUAUUGGGUUUGAAGAAAAGCGCUGAAGAGCAUUUUGUCAGUCACAAGUGCUCGUCUAACACCUAGGUUUUCAUUAUCAAGCAUAUCACUAUUUCUUCUUUAGACAUUUAUAUCUCGCUAUUUGAUUUGAUCGAUAAAAAAGUGCUCACGACACGAGUAAGACAUAGACACAAAACAGGAAGAAAAAAAAACCAAACAUUAUCGAUUUUUUUUUUCUGUGGAGAUUUUAGUUAUGUCUCAUUGCUUCUUCUUUUUCACCUUUGUUGUCUAUAAGAAUCUUUUUGUUAGAGGCCUUCUUUUUUGUCUCGCUUUAUAUUCCCUUUUCUUCACGUAAGCUUCAUUUUGUUCUAUUGUGUUUGUUACGAUGAUCAUGCAUCCCUCAUAAGGUGAAUAUGCCACUCUUCCCCUUUGCUUUGGGCUGUUACCUGUAGUUGUCCAUGGUAGAUAGAAUGUUAGACUGGUAAAGUGCAUAGCAGGAAGAUAACAAAGCAAGAGUCAAAAUGAAAAGAUAAAUAUAGAAGCUGCUGCCUGCAGCUGGAACCAAAGAAAAGGAAGAGAAAGAGAACAAAAGCAAAACAAGAGAGAGUGGGUUUGUUUCCCAACCUGCAAGGUGCUGACUGGGAAAGUGAGCAGAAAGAGAUUGAGUUCGCCAAAAAUGGAAGGUACUGGCUUGAAAUCAACAGGUGCAAGCUGGAAAGUUGCCGGGGAUGUUUUUGGGUCGCCAGAAAUUGAUAGGCUAUGAAGCUGUUAUAGUCUGAAGGUGAUAAUCGAGGGUUUAUUUUGUUUUCUUUUCUCUUAAGCCACGGUUGGCUGUGAAUUCCCUAAAAGACUCCUAGCCUCCCCUGGAAUGUCCAUUUUUAAGGUUUUUCUAGGUUUUUGGGGUCCCUCCCCAGGGGCAGCCCUGUAGUCAUGUUUUUUUUGGCUACAUCUUCAAUUUUGACACAAGUGCUUAGGGAACUGUUUUGUAGCCGUGCUUUUACAUUUUUAUUUGUUUUUCUAUGCAGAGUUUAGGUGGAAUAAGUGAUAUUCAGGAUGAGAAUGAUCGUUCUGAAAUGCGUAUAGUCUUUGAGGUGAAAUAUAUAAAUAUGGGUCUGGUCCUAAUUUCUAUAUCCUGUUGUUUAUGACACACAAGAAAAGCAAAAAAAGUAAAGGAAAAAAGAGAGUGCUGAGUAUUAAAUGAUGACUAAUUUCACCCACUUUGCAGCUGAAGCAGGAAUCAGAUCCUUUGAUGGUUAUGAAUAAUCUUUAUCGCUUAACAUCUUGCUCUACAUUUAAUUGUAACAUGGUGUGGUAAGUUGGUUGUGUUGCACCUUUUUAUCCUUCUCAAAAUAACCAAUUAAAAUACUCUGAAUCUCUGAUCAUUGAUGCCAUUCUGAUUAUUGAUUGUUAUUACUUUUCCCUAUAUCUAGGAAAUGUAUUUUAAUAAAUGAAUAAAUUAAUAUCUUUUGGAAGGAUGAUUGUUCUAUACACAUUGGAUCCCUGGGGGCUCACUGGACCCGUUAACUGGCAUAGAACUAGUACUUGGUGAUAUUUGAGGAAAAUGUUGUUUGGACAAAAUGUAUUGACUAUGAAUUGUGGAUUGACAAAUACAUUGAGGAAAAUGUAUUUGAGGAAAAUGUAUUGACAAAUACAUGUGGCUUCUUCUUGUUCUAUGAUCUGUAUUAUUACUCUUCAUUAAUACUUCACAUCUUAAUUUGAACAUACGUUUUAUUUUCUGAUUUAUUUGUAGCAUUCUUAACGGACAACCUAAACAAAUGGGACUGAAGAAAUUGUAGCAGGUGAGUACUUACUGGCUUCAGUAGUCUACAGUGUUUGUCCCAUAUCAUCUAUGGUUAUUUGAAGAGAAAAAAUAUCACUAAGUAACUCACCAUCUACAUUGAUCUGUGAAUAAUCUUCUCGGCCUUAGUUUAUUCAGGUGUUACUUAGUUACUUUGUUUAAUUAGUUUUCAGUCACAACUGUAACUGCACUAAGUUCAACUCAGCCUUAAAUAUGAGUGCCCACAGUUGGUGCGAAGUUAUUUUUUCUGUCCAAGCUCCAAAUAUCAAAUUGCUCUUUGAACUUCUUUUUCUUUAACAGCCCUCUCUAGCCCACAAGCCCUUUUUUUAGUGUUUCGGUGGUGUAAUAUGAAUUUCCCAUUUGUCUUAGUUAUUGAAACAUCUAAUUAGACCCGUAAUCAAGCCAAAAUAAUUUGGAAACUACACUUAAUAUCCAAUUUCCGUAAUGACACAUUUUCUCUCUGCUAGGAGCCACUAAUAUUUUUAGCAUCUUAUAAGCGUGUGUAUCCUGUAAUUACUUUUUUUAUUUGGUGUUAGUCAUUUGUGUGUAAGAUGAUGGCGUUGUUUUGAAGGUUGGAAUCUGCUAAAAAAAUUGGCUUGAUAUUUAACGUUACUAAAGGCAUUUUUAGACUUCAGAUACUCUGUUGUUGAGAGACAUGCAAGAUUUCAGUUAUCAAAAGCAAAACAGAGAAAGCAUGUUGUGAGGUAUGUCACAAAAUUCAUAGGAUCUAUUUGUGUCUAUAUUGUCAUGUGCGUAGAGUAUAAAGCUUGCACAUAUUUCACCUACAGAGCAGUUUAUAAUCAUUGGUUGAAAGGCUGGCAAACUAUUAUGGCUGAAAUUGGUGAAUCACAAGAUGUUCGGUGUGGUCCAUUCAACCAAGUACAUUGAUUGAUCACAUAAUCUUUAGGAAUUGGCCAAACUGGUGUAGUGUGAUUAAUUUAACAAGUGUCUUGGAAAUAAAAAAUAAUUAUUUGAUAUUGUUUGAUUGUUGCUUCUUUAACGACUAUGGUUGUAUAGUGAAUUUUUGUCAGGGGAGUUAUUUUGAUGCGGCUUGAUCAUGCUGGAAAGGUUCAGUCUGCUUCCUUAAUCUCAGUAAGAGAUGUUUGGCUGAAGAAGUUCUUGCUAUCGUCCAAGGCUAGUUGUAGAUGAACCUCCAUGUUCAAAAGCGUAUACUUGUUCAGAUGCCUAUCUUAAAUCUAUGCGAGGAGAUAUGCUUUCAGUGGUGAUUGUUCUAGUCCUGUUCGUGUCCUAUCAUGUGUAACAUUUAUUUUGUUUGAGGGGUGGGUAUUGUCUUCCAAUGGUGGUUGAGAGAAGUGCUGUAAUUUGAUUGUAACAUUUGUAAAUUUUGUUACUGAAAACAAGUGAAAAACACACAUCUGGGGUUGAUAUCAGUGCAAAGGAAAAUUUGUUAGUACACGAAAGGAUUGUAAAGCAAAAUUCAACAAACGAGUUUCAACUCUGAUUUGUAUAUGUAGCAUUGUAAGAAGUGCCAACUAUUUAAUUAUUUA